AUGGACCAAGGGGGAGGACUAGUAGGGGACAUUUGUGUCCCUUACGAUUCGAACAUUGCCGGUCCAAGCUCGAUAUUGAAUAAGCCCAAUGUGAACGAGGCAUCAAGGCAGCGCGUGAUUAUCGAGUAUCUGCGCGAUCAAUUGGCAACACAUCGAUGGUUCUCCAAUAAUCCUACAGAACCCUGGUGCGGUGUUCUGUUGAGAAUAUCCCGAGGUGUUUACGUGUCUGAGCCCGAUGUGCCCGAUCCAAGCUUGCUUGCCGCCGUCCAGAAGAUCAACCCCGAAGUGGCGUAUACCAUGUCGACAAGAAUGACAAAGUUGAUUACAUCGCAAUUACAGCCGCAGCAGUCUGAGUUGGUCCUCUCGAACGGAUCGCUCCUACAGGUAAUCGACUCGCUGGCUGACAUUGUCAUGUUACCUUCAAGUGCCGUGAAGAAAUACCAAUACGGGGCACUACUCAGACAGGAACAGAUGCUGCUGAUCUGGCACGAUUCAGUGGAUAAACUGUUUUCUCAUUCCAUGGACUUGGAGGCAAGACUGAUGGCACUGGUUUGGGGCUCGUCGCUUCCAACCUCUUUGUCUAUUCCCCAGAGCGUCCUACCGUCAGUGGUAACGACUCCAGCGACGUCAGUGUAUCAUAUGUCCAUGGACGCAAAAGCAGAAACCAAUGAGGCAAUCACGGCGGUAAACUCGACAAUUGACGAAGAAGCUGCAAAACUUGUAGACUCCCUCGACCGGCCUCUGGCUGUCACCAGCUCCAUCUAUACGGCUAUGGGCAUUUUCACAGUCAUCGUUCUGCUGGUGGGAUUCAACGUCUCCAGUCUGAUAUUUGAAAGCCUUGUUGACGGGAAUUGGAUCCGCAUGGCGUUGAUUGUCACAACGCCAUUCCUAUGCCUGCUUAGUCUUUUCUUCUUCUUUGUGAUCUUCGGUGAUAUCUUUCAAGCCAUAGGCCCGAUAAAGAGCCUGCAAGUCAAUUCUCGUUUUUACUCCCCACAUCGCCCUGAUCUGGCUACGGCAUAUGCCCAAGGCUUUAGCCCACCUCGUAUCACAAUCCAGAUGCCGGUAUAUACGGAAUCCCUCGAAGGUGUGAUCAUACCAACAGUGACCAGCUUGAAAGAGACCAUUUCUCACUAUGAGUCUCAUGGAGGCACAGCGACUAUUCUGAUCAAUGACGAUGGCCUUGCUUACCUUUCAGAGGAAGAAUCCCAGCGACGAAUCGAUUUUUACCAUGACAACAACAUCGCGUGGGUUGCCCGGCCCAAAAAUAACGAUGAACGAUUCAACUAUGUCCGGAAGGGCAAAUUUAAGAAGGCAUCCAAUAUGAAUUUUGCUCUAAACGCUUCUAAUAGAGUAGAAGAUGAACUCCUGACUUUGAUGGGGGAAAAACUUCGACAGACGGAUAUGAUUGACCCGAUUGAGGAGGAGAUCCAAUAUCGGCGUGCCCUGGAACAAGUCCUGGCAUCAGAUGCCCGGAUCCGCGCUGGGGGCGACAUCCGCAUGGGCGAAAUCAUCCUCAUUGUUGACUCGGAUACUCGCGUGCCUAAAGAUUGUCUGCUCAUGGGCGCAGCAGAGAUGUUCCUGAGUCCUGAAGUUGCCAUUAUUCAACAUUCUACAGGUGUAAUGCAGGUCACUGGCGAUUACUUUGAAAACGGGAUCACCUAUUUCACAAACCUUGUCUACUCUUCGAUUCGGUUUGCGGUUGGUAAUGGCGAGGUUGCCCCCUUCGUUGGACAUAAUGCGUUUUUACGCUGGCAAGCUGUGCAGUCUGUCGGGAAUGAUGAUCCAGAUGGAUACGUUGCCUAUUGGUCUGAAAGCCACGUGUCAGAAGAUUUUGAUAUGGCUCUUCGGCUCCAGAUCAAUGGCAACGUCGUUCGGCUUGCCAGUUACCACGGGGCUGAAUUCAAGGAAGGUGUGUCUUUGACCAUCUACGAUGAAUUAGCCCGAUGGGAAAAGUAUGCUUAUGGUUGCAACGAACUUGUGUUCAAUCCCAUUUAUACCUGGCUGUGGAAAGGCCCCUUUUCCAAGCUAUUCCGCACAUUCCUGUUCUCAAAUCUUCAGCUUUCUUCCAAAUUGACCAUUCUAGGAUACAUCUCGUCCUAUUACGCAUUGGCAAUUGGAUUUCCUCUAACGUUGCUCAAUUACUUCUUGGUCGGGUGGUACCUUGAUAAUCUGGAUGAAUUCUAUAUGCAAUCUUGGAAAGUUUACCUGAGUUUGCUUGUUGUCUUUACCGGAGCUGGAAAUGUAGCCCUUGCAAUUCUCCGCUACCGGCUCGGCGAGAAGACGUUACUAGGUGCUCUUGGUGAGAACUUCAUGUGGGCGCCUCUGUUCGCUGUAUUCUUCGGCGGCUUGUCCUUCCAUCUCAAUCUCGCCCUUCUAGCUCACAUGUUCGGCAUCGAUAUGACAUGGGGCACUACUGCCAAGGAAAAAGAUGAUUCUAAUUUCUUCAAAGAAAUCCCUAAGAUUGCUAAAUCUUUCAAGUGGAUGUAUGCAGUGAUGAUACCUGCUAUUGGCGCUAUGAUCUAUCUGGGUUGCUUUGCACCCUACGGCUGGAGAAUCAACAGCGUAGCUGCGGUCGUUCCACUCGCAUCGACUUUGACGUCUCAUGUCUUAUUGCCUUUUGUUCUUAACCCGGCUUUGAUGGUUUUCAACUACUAA